GGCACCGAAGGUGAUGAUGCUGCUGACAGUCCCUCGUGGGACUUCUUUACACCCUCACCACCUCUCCUCCCCCUCCUCACAGGAAGACGCCCGGAGGCGCUGAGUGCAGAGUACCCCGCUGGUGAGCGCGGAUGCUCCGAGACUGAGACCCCACAACUCCAUAGUGUCUCCUGGGGAACCGCACGGUGCGCAGGGUGUGUAUGGCUGGGGAAGCGACCAAGGGCUGUGGAACCCUCGCCGCGCCAAUUCAGCACUGCCCGACCUCACAGGACGCGACCGCCAGGACCCACAGGGACCGCCGUCCCCACCACCGCCCCACUCACCCAGGCCGCCAUCUGCAGCUCUCCGCCGAGGGUGACCGGAGUAGGAAUACCACCGAUUCAUUUUCAUGAAGGAAAAAGAUGAGGAGAGAAACACCGUCAAGCCUGAAGAUGUGUUGCUGUCUGGGCGCUAAACGGGCACAACUAUGCUUCAGGUGUCAAGGGAAUCUGUGUGUUUUACUUCGGGGUGUACGCGCCCCGCUCGCCGCCCUUGCCUGUGGAAGAGGAAGGAGGGUCACCCGGAGCUGACCCAGAGGCCGGCACACGCCCGCAUACAGCAGGCUCUCCACAAGUUCACGACACUGAAAACCGUGGUGGCACACUGGUCUCCCCAUCAAGUGGCAAGGGGCUGAGGGACAAGUGGGGCUCCAGCCAGACGCUAUCCCCAGAUGACCCGCAGAGGAUUCUGCAAACCCGCCAGGGCCCCCCCGUGCCCCAUCCCCAGAGCGGGACAGCACCGACUCGGCUCCCCACCCCUGCCCUUCUCGAGCUUUGGUUUCCUCUGUUCAAGGUCAUGAGGUGUCAACUCCCCAGGGUGCUGGGUUCCCAGGGGACAGGUCGAGGUCCCUGGUAUCUUGCAAGUUUCAGCACCCAGGCCCUGGGCUCCUUCCCCAGCUCCUGGACAGGGUCAGCUCACAAACAAGCAUGUGGCAUCGCUGGGGAUGCGGAUUCAAGCCACUCAGUGCGAAGGAGCCCUUCCUCUGUGUGGGUGGGCAAGACCGAGCUGUGGGGGGACAGCCUGCCCGAGAGAGCAGCUGGUAUGAACAGACUCCUGCAGCUACACAAACACCUGGAUCCAGCCUCGCCUGAAGCAGGUCCCUGGAUCCAUCAGUACCUGGACAAUUUCAGUUUGUUUCUGGCUUCAGCUGGGCACCUGUCCUGACUGAGGGUGGACCUUAACCAGCCUUACCGUGAGCAAGAAAUCAGAAUGCUUGACUAAUUUGGUUUAUUCUCAAACUGGGCAGGGGGUGUGGGGGAAUUCUCCCCUUUAUCCAUUUAUUUUUUGAAUAUUUUUACUCAUUUUUUGGCCACGCUGCGCAGCUUGUGGGACCUCAGUUCCUCGACUAGGGAUCAAACCUGUGCCCCUCGGCUGUGAAAGUGCCGAGUCCUAACCACUGGACCACCAGGAAAUUCCCUCUCCCCUUGAUUUUAAAAGGACAAUUUCAAGUGGACUCUUGGAGCAAAUGCUGUUUAGGGGACAGGGAGAAGGACCACGCUCCUACCAACACAGCAGAUGCCUCACAGGCCACGCCACCAGCUCAAGCUCAGGGCAGGCGACACGGGGCCCAUUUAGGGAUGAACAAACCACAGCCUGGAGGCCAGAGGGACUCGCCCCCAGUCCAGAGGGUGCACUCCUCCCUCCCUUCCCAGGGUGGACGUGGGAAGCAAAGCUGGCCAGCCCAGCCAGGGCUCUGGGCUCCCCACUGCAGGGUGGGGCUGCUGUGGUUUGACCCUGCGUACAGCAGGCACCAAGCAGGGGCAUCCUGAAAGGAAGGCUGAGGGAGGCAAGGAGAGAAAACAGAGGUUCUGGGAGGGGACCUGAGAGACCCACGAGCCCUGUGGGUAUACAGCGGGUGCCCAAGCCAUGCACCGGGCCUGGGCAUCAGCGUAUGAGAGGGGGAAGGAGGACAGACACCAAGAGCAGACCCACCAGGUCUCAUCGAGGAGCUGGACCAGGUUGGGGGCCCCACGGGAACAGAGCGACCCUCGCCCCCUGGGCCUGGCACUCACCGCCCGCUGCCCCACCAUGGCUAUCGCCAGCCCCAGUCCACAGGCAAGAAAACCAGGGCCCAGGGAGGCCGAAACUGCGCCCACCUCCCCACUGUCUCGCUGGGCCUGGCCUGGGCUCCCUGCUGCACUCUCCGAGCUCCUCGGCCACUGGGGCGUGUGGCGGGUGUGUGGCACAGCUGGGCUCUGGGCCCUGCUGACCAGGCCCGGCCGUGGGAACUGCCCGUGCCAGGAAGAAGCCGGAGGAAGGAACAGCAGAGGGGAACCGGUGUCGUGGCAGGUGCAGAGGCCACCCGGCCAGCCCUCACAUCCUGGUCUGGGAGAUGCACACAGACUCCCGCUAGACACAGUGGGUGCCGGACACUGUGCUCCCCCUUCCUGCCUGGGACUGCACCCAGGCCACACUCGCCCGUCUGGCUCCUUCCAUGCGCCAGUCCACAAGGGCUGGACCCCAGGCCCUCCGGCCUUGGCUGCCCCACUGGUUGGUUGGGCCCGGCAACGAGAGUUCACCCACCUCCCCCAGCAGCCACCAACCCCGCCGCCAUGCACCUCGGCCUGGGAACCGCUGGGGACGGUGCCAAAGGAGCCUACCUCACCCGGCUGUCAUGUGCAAGGACCUCGUGUCUCAGGAGCACCAGGAGUGCGCAGCCCAGGCCCUGAGGUGGGAGCUGACUCACCCCCCGGCCCCUUUCAACCUCCAGAGAUGCCAGCUUGGCAGUCACCCCGACACUCCCUCAGAACAGGGAGGGCCCAGGCUCAGCAGGGCCAGCGCUCGGACACCCAACCAGGGCCUGAGGGUCCCAGAGGCCGGGUCCCUUCUCGCUGAGCCUCAGUCUGCUCAUCUGCGAGAUGGGGGUGGGCCUUCAGACCUAGGGAGCCAGGUGAGUCCUUACCACUGGCUACGCAGAAGGCUCUGAGAAUCCCCAUCCCCAGGUCGGGAAACUGGGGCUAGAGAGGGGACCCUCACCCAGGUCCCGAUGCUGAUUCUCACGGUCAGGAUGCCGGUGCUCUGGGGAGAGCAGGCGAGGGGGCCGGCCUCAGACUCGGCCUCCCCAGGUUGUCAGGACUCCGGAGUCCACUUCCCGGCAGGCACCUGGCUGGUCCCCACCUGUGUCCUCUGCUCUGGGUGGCCAUCCCGGAAGCCCUGGUGCUCGAGGACCGAGCGGGCACGGGGGUGGGGGCAGGGACCACGUGGACACUCACCUCCGAGCCCAGGUCCCAGGAAUGUGGACGAAGCGAGGGUGCCAUGGGACUCACUGAAGUGGGCGCCAUCACCGUAGGUCUGUAGAGGGGACGGGCAGGGAUGAGGGAGGCUCAGGGACACCUCUGGGUCAGGAUGUGACCGCGCCACAGAGCCCAAAGCACCUGCAGGCCAGGCCGGGGUUCUCCUCGCGCUCGCCCACCCCCACCCCAGGGUCUCAGGCCUCCAGGGGCUCCUCACCCGGCUGGGGUCGAAGGAGGAACUGUUCUGCUCGCCGGUGCCCCACGAGCCCGAACUGGGCCGGUCCUCGAGACCUGUAGGGCAGGAAGGCAGGGUUAGGGGCCCGGCCCCUGGCCGCUCCACACCAGCCGCAUCGCCUCGGGGAGCCCUCACUCGACCUGGGAAGCUUUCCAGGCCCCUCCCGACCCAGCCUGGAGCUGGAGCCCGUCCAGAUGCACCCACCCUAGCACUACCCAUGGUGACACCACUGCCAGCGGCAAGCACCCCGGACACACCGGCACUAAGCAGACCUCUGGGUCCACGGCCCAAGAAACAAUUCCACCACCAGCUGCUGGCAAACUUGCCAUUGCUGGGGCACACUUCUACCCACCCGUGCAGCUCCCAGCCCACCCUGGACGGAGCCCUCACUUGCACUCUGGGCUUCCCUCCCCAGGCCCAAGUCCCUCCCUCUGGCCCAGGUUCAUGAAGGCGUCAGGGAAUGGGAAUGAAGGAUAUCUCUCAUCUCGAGAGUGGGAGCCUCCCCCUUCCCAUCGCCGGCAAUUCGAGAGGCGGGGCUGUCCCUUUGUUGAAGUAACAGCGGCAGCUGCCGCGGACUACCCGCCAGGCACAGGCUGGCGGCAGGGAAGGAGAAAUCCAAUCCGGUAAGAUAGGCGGGGCCCGGGAGGCCCAGGUGUGGCAGGGUUAGCCACCGUGGGGACAAGGACCUUCGAUGGAGGGUGGGCAGGGCAGGGCCCUUAUCUCCCUGAACACUAGCCCAGGGGCCCAGCCCAGGACCCGGAUCUUCCCAGCAGGCAGGCACACGGGCCUGCACCCUUCCCGGUUGCGUGAGCUCCAACACCGUCCAUCAAGGGCCACGGGGCUCAGGGCCUGCACAAGCAGAACGGGAGCAGUCCCCAGGCCCCUCCCACCUGUGCCUCAGUUUCCCUGCUCUUCAGAUGGGGUCACAAACGCCCUACUUUGCAGGGCUGGGGGUGUCCACGUACGAGUCUGAGUCAAAGCUGCCCAGGCCAGGCUGAGCCAGAGAGGCCGUGCCCAGCCCUGCCAUCUGUGCCAGGGGACGUACCCCACCCCACCCCCGACCCCACGUGGUGGACAUCCCAAACACCCCAGCCGGAAUCCUUCACCCCGCCCUCCUCUGCGCAUCUGUACCAAAAAUUUCUUUCAAAUUGCAUCCUUCUCUUUUGGUGCCUCUGAGUUAAUCAUUCCCCUGGGGAGUUGGUGUUUAAUUGCUAUCUGAUUUGCAUAACUAUGCAUAUUAAUCUCCCAGUCUGAUAAAUAUUCAUAUACCUCGGUUGGAUUCUGUUUUCUAAUCAAAAAUUUCCAAUGUGAUUACAAUGCGGAGCUGGGGGCUGCUUUGGCGGGCAGGGGGUCAGACGGAGCUCCCAUGGUCUCCACAAAUCCAUCUAACAUGUGCUGCCAGGUUUGGGGUGUCUGCACCCCAAGGUCCUGAGUCCCCACUUGGGCUUUGGGGCCGAGAGCAGCUGGUGAAGGGGGGGUGACCCUGGUAGAAGGCCCAGCACCCGAGCCCCCGUUUCCCUCCACGGCCACUUGUCAUCCCCUCGCUCUCCGGUGCCCGCCCACGAGCUCGUUCGGCUCUGGGUCCCCCACCCCCAUGGGCAUCCACCACGGGCCCCAGAGUCACCAGGACCCUUGAGCAAGAGAGCAGGAGGCCAGGUCCAAGGCCAAAGCCAGGCCUUCCCACCCCCCUACCCCACCACCGAGGGCUGGCAGGGUGACGGGCUCUCCUGAGGCCGACACCCAGGGACCCCUCCAACUUGGGCCCCACAAGCUUCAGGUAGAGGCAACCAGGCCCUGCUCUGCCCUUUCUGGUAAAACCCCCCUCACCCAGCCCCAGCCUCCCCGCUGCUGGAGACCAGACGACAGAAAGAGGGAUGGGCCCUCCCCCACCGCUGCCAUUAAUAGUUAUUAACCCCCCACUGGUUAAUUAUGCAUUUUAAAUAACCCAAUCAUGAAUAUUCAUAACAUCUCUUAUUCACGUUCUAAUUAAAAUGUACUAAUAGAA